AUUUUUGGCUCCAAAACACUUUUUUCACAAAAGACCGCCUCCUCCAAGCUCUCGGGUGCUAUAAACCCAAACGGAUCUCCAAAUGAAAAUCCCUCAAACUCCACAGCUCAAAUCCACCGUCGAAUCUUCUACUCAGUCGUCUUCCCCCCAGCGAUGGAGAGCCAACAGAAGCGCCAGCGAACAACACGCCUCCCCGGAAGGAACUUGAAGCGAAAGCUGUCCCGGGAGACAGACGCGGCGUCGUCGAUAGUCAUGCAGAUUACGGAGGUCGAAGACGAAGAAGCAGAUCUCGUCGCCUCGAUCCGCCGCCACGUGGAGGUUUUGAACUCCGGCUUCUCAGAUCGCGAAGCCGUUAAAGAAGCUGCUGCUGCUAUCUCCUCUCUCGCUAAAAUCGAUGAAAACGUGGAGAUGAUGGUGGAGAAUGGAGUUAUCCCUGCUUUGGUUAGAUAUCUAGAAUCGCCGUGGUCUUUGGAGAAAGAUUGUGCUGUUUCCCUUGGACUUAUCGCUGCUAUUCAGCCUGGUUACCAGCAGCUCAUUGUGGAUGCUGGGGCUAUAGUCCCCACUGUGAAGCUGUUGAAGAGACGAGGGAUCUGUCUUGGGUGCAUGGAAGCUAACGCUGUUAUUAGGAGAGCUGCUGAUAUCAUCACCAAUAUUGCUCAUGACAAUCCAAGGAUUAAAACAAAUAUAAGGGUUGAAGGUGGCAUUCCACCACUUGUUGAGCUUUUAAAUUUUCCGGAUGUCAAAGUCCAGAGGGCUGCUGCAGGGGCCUUGCGUACAGUUUCAUUUAGAAAUGAUGAGAACAAGAACCAAAUUGUGGAGUUGAAUGCUUUGCCAACGCUUGUGUUGAUGCUUCAGUCAGAAGAUCCUUCUAUGCAUGGCGAGGCGAUUGGGGCGAUUGGAAAUCUUGUCCACUCAUCUCCCGACAUCAAGAAAGAGGUUAUCCGUGCUGGUGCCUUACAACCAGUGAUCAGUUUACUUAGCUCCACUUGCUUAGAGACACAGAGAGAAGCAGCAUUACUAAUAGGUCAAUUUGCUUCGCCUGAUUCAGAUUGCAAGGUGCACAUUGCUCAGAGAGGUGCCAUUACACCAUUGAUUAAGAUGCUUGAGUCAUCGGAUGAGCAGGUCAUGGAAAUGUCAGCUUUUGCUCUUGGUCGUUUGGCUCAGGACACACACAAUCAAGCUGGCAUAGGACAAAGAGGAGGCAUCAUCUCACUACUAAAUCUUCUUGAUGUGAAUACUGGAUCUGUGCAACACAAUGCUGCCUUUGCUUUAUAUGGCCUUGCAGAAAACGAGGAAAAUAUAGCAGAUUUCAUCAAGGCUGGAGGUAUUCAAAGGCUUCAAGAUGAUAACUUCACAGUUCAACCGACUAGGGAUUGUGUGGUGAGGACAUUGAAGAGGCUAGAGAACAAGAUUCAUGGACCGGUAUUGAACCAAUUAUUAUAUCUGAUGAGAACUACUGAGAACCCUAUACAAAUGCGAAUUGCUUUGGCUCUUGCACAUCUCUGUGACCCUAAAGAUGGAAAAUUAAUUUUCAUUGAUAACAAUGGAGUAGAGUUUCUGUUGGAGCUUCUAUACUUGUCAGGCAUGAAACAGCAGAAAUAUAGUUCAAAAGCUUUAUUUGAAUUAGCUAGAAAAGCUACUUCCUUUGCGCCAGAGGACUCAGCUCCUUCCUCACCCACCCAACGGGUGUUUCUGGGUGCGGAGUUCGUGAACAACCCUACUUUAUCUGAUGUCACAUUCCUAGUCGAUGGUAAACAAUUCUAUGCUCACAAGAUUUGCUUGGUAGCUUCUUCUGAUAUAUUCCGUGCAAUGUUUGACGGGCUUUACAAGGAACGGAACGCCCAAAACGUGGAGAUUCCAAAUAUAACAUGGGAAGUGUUUGAGCUUAUGAUGAGAUUCAUAUACACAGGAAGAAUUGACAUCACCAAACAUUUGGCUCAAGAUCUGCUUGUUGCAGCUGAUCAGUACCUUAUCGAAGGCCUCAAGCGCCUUUGUGAGUACACAAUCGCACAGGACAUCUGUGUGGAUAACAUACCGUUAAUGUAUGACUUAGCUGAUACAUUCAACGCUUCAGCCGUAAGACGAGCAUGCACUCUCUACGUUCUUGAACAUUACACUAAGCUCAGCUCUGAAACAUGGUUUCCCAUGUUUAUCAAGAAAAUUAUACCUGAAAUCCGGACAUACAUCACAGAUAUUCUCACACGGCCAGUCCAAGCUAGCUCAACCGUUGUAUAAAACAUUUAUAACUAGAUUCCUUUUAUUUUGGUUAGAUAACCAGAUUGUAUCCUUGUUACUGCGAUUUGCUCAACUCAGUAAUAUCAAGAGGCCCUCGAAGUUAGAUUUUCUGUAA